UCAGGGCCGAGGAGCACUUAAACUCGGGCUCCGGGCCUCGGACUUGCGCCCUCUAAAGCGUGCGGCUUUCGCGCGGUUUGCACCUCGAACGGAGAUCUAGAUCAUAUUGGCUCAUACUGAAGAGCACGACAAACUUGAAGUUACCGUGACAUGGAUCCUGCUGAAUUUCACGCAGCCGUAUACCACGUUAUACGUCAAAUCCCACCAGGGAAAGUCACCAGCUAUGGGCACAUCGCAAAGCUGAUCGGAAUGCCCCGCCACUCGCGGCACGUCGGCCAAGCACUCAAAUGGCUCUCGCCAGAUGCCGCGCCGCCCGUACCGUGGCAGCGUGUCGUCGCGUCGAACGGGACAAUCUCCUCGCGCGGGCCAGGGACCGAUGGCGCGGAACGGCAGCGCGCCACGCUCGAGGCCGAGGGCGUCGAGGUCGUCGUUGGCCGUAGCGGCGACAUGCGUGUCAACUUCGAAGCAUAUGGAUGGUUCCCCGCACCUGGGACUGUCGCAACCGGAGCACCCCAGCCUGAUGCUCCCGCGGAGGAAGAGCAAGAUGGCGAGGCUGGAGAUCUAGACGAGCUUACUUCGGAGGAGGAAGAGGAGGAUGCAGAUGGCGGGAACUCGUAGCACUCGUUGACAUCCGGGCUUUCGAGAGCACCAGGACACGCUGUUGAGCGGUGUACGUACCCUAUACAAACAGAAGAAUGCAAUUGGAAUACAC